CACGCGCACAUUUCUCAACUUCGACAGCUCAUAACUUGCAUGUCAUAGUGCUUGUGCAGCUUCCGCGACCACGCACAAGCCUCAAUGAUCAGCCGCACCCGAUGACCAGAACAUACUCGAAGCGCGUGCGCCGGAAACUCGUAGGCCAAGUCGUCGAUGAAUGGUUACCCUCAUGACCGCGAGCUGCCCGAGCUGAGCAACGAUCAAAUCGAGACACUCUACCAAAUAUGCGUAUCCGCUACGAAAUCUGCCAGUCCUCCCAUCAAAGCGCUCUUCACCGAAUAUGAUGCCUACGUUGAAGAUCAAGGGCUCGAUCCAGGCCACGAGAAUGCGCUCUUUCGCUGGGUCUGCACCAUUGGUGACAGUACGCGACAGCAGCAGAAGGCAGGGCAAAAGGCUGAUCUGGUACGCGGGCUGAGGAGUGUGCUUGCCGCUCAAGGAAUUGAAACUGUGCUUGAUGACGAGGAAGAGGAUGAGACGCGAUCUUUACGUGUCUCAUACACGCCGCCCAAGAAGAGAGAGUUAAAGCCAGGAAGGCGUGUCUCUUUUGGCGAUGCACAAGUCGAGGAGACAUGGUUGAGUGAGCACACCGAAUCGCUUCGCCCGCUCCCAGAACUGGCGCAGAAUGGACUGCUGAGUCAUCCGCCACGCAGAGGUAGAGAUCUGGUGAACGCGCAAAGAGCACGUUCGACAAGCAGCUCUCAUAUCUACAGAUCUCAAGACCCGGCAUCGAAGCAAUAUCAGCCAGGGUCACCACUGUCGAAUCGGCAUUCGGACUUUGAGGAACAGAAAAAUCCGACACUGGUCUUUGAAGUCUCACAAACGCAAUUAGAACAGAAUGCGGAGGCCUUCUACACCACUAGCGAAUGGCGCUCAGCAAGACGAAUGCUUCACUUGUGGCAUGACACAGCACUGGAGCAACGGAGUCAACGUGCCCAGGCUUGGGAUUUUGCUUUGAAUCACGAUCGGCGAAAGCUACUCAAAGAGUCCUUCGACACCCUUUUUGCUGCAUUUCAAGAACGUCGCAUCGAGCGACAACGUGCGCUUGAAGCUCAGCGUUGGGAAGAGGAGCAGCAAGCUCGUGAACGAGAGCGUGAAGCUGAACUCGUGCGCAAGUUGCAGGAGUAUAGGCGACAGCGCGAUGAACAGUACAUUUGGAAAGCCUUCAGUAAUUGGUAUGAGUCGCUGCAGUACCAGCGGCGAUGCCGUGAAGUUGCUAAAGAAGGAAUACUCAAGAUCCGAUACUUUGCCAAGUGGCGCCGGCUGACGAUUGACAACGCCACAAAAGCGCGCAGCAUACUGUGCAGGAAGUACUUGAACCUUUGGCAGACCAAGACAAUAAGGCGUGCUCUGGUCGCCGAGCAGGCCGAGGCGCAUUACGAAGAGACCUUGACGAGACGCUGUUUGCAGCGCUGGUUCUGGGACUUCUGCGCUCGUCGUGUGGAGGGCUGGCGCGAGCAAAGAUUACAGCAGAGGACUUUCGGCUACUGGCUCGCAGAAUUACAACGCCACCGGACACAGCAGGAACAGGCUCAAGAAUUCCGCAGAAGAAAGCUCCUCGGUUCAACACUGCACAUUCUCGCACGAAGGAAAGACGACUUGCAGCUGGCUUUUCAGACUGCCGAACGGUUGUCUCAGCGAAGUCUGACCACGCGCUGCUUCAAAGCCAUCGUACUGCGCGCGAGGCUCACCCCACGAGAGGUGACUUUGACAACGAAAGUGAACCUCGAUUUGAAACGCAAGGCGUUCAAGACAUGGCACUUGCACCUCACGCUCAUACAGCAAGCCAUCGAGAAAGAUCGCAAGCGUAUUUUACAAUCCGCAUGGACCAAUUGGAAUGAUGCGCUGCGUUGCAAAGCCCUUGCCCAGCGUAUUGACGAGCGGGUGUUGCUCGAGAGCCUCUACAAGUGGGUACUGCAGAGCCGAAUAAAAUCCUUCCAACGGACUCGAGAUGAGAGAUUAGUGCGGCGGACGCUCGAUGGCUGGACUUCUGCGGUGCGCGACAAGACUGCCAGUCUAUCACGAAGCAAGCACAGCUUUGAGGAAAAUCAACGAUGGAGACUCUUGCGUUUUGGCAUGACUAGCCUCAACAGAGCGCUCCGGCAGCGAGAAGACGGAGAGCGUGCAGCAGUCGAAUUCGCGAAUAGCCGAGCAUUGCCAAAUGUCCUGGAGACAUGGAAAGAACGCACUGAACACGCCCGCAUGCUCGCCAAGUGGGCUACUGAUGCACGCUUCUACGUCCUCACUACACGAGCUCUCAAGCUAUGGCGCGACAAGACAGAGGAACACAAACACAUACGGCGUCGAGAUGCAUACGCUCAAAUCCGAUCAAGGAUCAAACUCAGGCUGGUCAAUCAAUGCUUCCAUCGUCUCCGUCUGAAGAGCAAUGAGAUACGAACUAUGAACGAGGCCGCUGGCCAGAGAUCGCGGGUUCGCCUCUACGCAAUUGGCACGGAUGCUUUUGAUAAGAUCCGAGAGAAGACAGCACAUUAUGGAGAGCUUGCUACUGCGGCCGAAGCCAUGGAUCGUCAAAAGCUCCUUGGCUCUGCUCUAUCUGCUCUGGUGAACGAGCACAUCGACCUGCAAGCAUUGGAUGAGCAAGCCAACCUCUUCCGACAAGAGACCGAUCUUGCACUUCUCGCUAGCGCUCUGAAACGCAUCCAAUGGGCGACAUUCACAGCCUCUCGCCGUGGCGAAAGCGCUGAUGCACUCUGGGCUCGUAAUCGUGACCAACACAUCAAGCAUAUGCUGCGUCAUUGGGCGGCACAAGCCAAGGCGCGCAAGACUGCACUAAACACACAGCAAGAGGCUGGUGACAGUCCUAGUCUGCGACCUGCCAGCCGCGUGGCCGCGAGAUCUGCUGAACGACCAAGCUUUCCCAGCUCGCCUCCUACUGCGACGCCCGGCUACAUGCGUACGCCUUCAAGGUCAAGGAGGACCGGCCGUUUUAAGCCUCUGCCGACUCCAGCGCACUUCACGCCCUUUGCUUUCGAUCAGUCAUACCUCGUCACGACGCCAGCUCCUACAGCGGGCGUCGAACUGCGGACAGCAGUGGACGAAGCUGAGACGACAGAUGUCUUUGAAGGCUUGACUCCUCAGGUCACACCAUUUGCUCGGAAGCUGAGAGCAGGCGGGAUCGGGGUGACACCAGCACGAGCACCGCCAAGUGCUCUUAGAAGCAGUGUCUUCGGCAGAUCGAUGGGUCCCGGUGGAACCGCAAAGAGCGUGCGUUUUGCCAGCUCAAGUCGCUUUUCCGGCAGACUGCAGAGGCUCAGUAACACCGGCGAAAAUUCGUAGCAAGACCAAAUAAUGAAUGAAUCCAAUCGAUGAGAACACCAGUCCACCGUCGUAGCGCGACGUUCACUUCUGGGACAUGAAGCCAUUUGAAAGGCAGAUCCUGCUUGCUGCAGUCUCACCGUUAACCCAGCAUAGAUCCGUGUUAGCCAAGCGCCUGAGUGGCUUGCAUGACACACACCGGCUGUGCA